AUAUCGAUAUUGUUUCCUUCGUCGUGGGUCUCUGUGGGUCUGGGUUUGCGAUUCAAGUGGUUCUGGGUUUGCAAGUAUCUUUCUCUUCUCCGUUGGUGACCAGAAUUUCCGACAGCAUAUUUGCCUCUCCGUUGGCAUCGCCGGCCGCUAUUGUUCUUCUUCCAGCCGCAACUUCUGUCUUCCAUUACUCUCAAUUUAGCCAAUUGGUCCGUGUGAGGCAUAUGCUUCCAGUUUCAGAGGAUAAUCUGUAUCCUACAUGGUGCGAUGCGGAUGACAACAAGGACCCAGACCUUGAAAACUUGAUUGAAGAUAUUUUCCAUGAUCGUUUAAGAGGCAAUGCUUGGGAAAGAUUGAAAACAGUCAAUGUGAGGAAGAAGAAACGAAAAGUAGAAGAUGGUAAAGAUGGUGAGAUCAGAAGUAGUCAAAAGGAGAAGAAGUUGAAAGAGGCUCACUCUUAUGAUGAUGAAGGAGCAGAAGUUCCAGACAUGAAGGAGAAGUUAUGCGAAGAACAUAUCCAGGAUGUUGUGGAUGAUCAGAAAACCUUGUUGGAUAUUUGGAAGCUGUUGGAAAAACUGAAUGGGAAUAUUUCAGACUUGGACAAGAAUCUGAGCAGUAGGAUGACCUGUUUGGAGACUAAAUUCGAAUCCUUUGUGAAAGAAAGUAAAGAGGCAAAAACUUGUGCUCAACCAAAAGAGGCCAAUUCUGACAAUAAUGAACAUGAUGAGGCGCAUAGUGAAGCACCUUCUUGGAUUGUAGAGAUGAAGGAAAAUUCAAAAGAAGAAUUUCCUGUCCCACAGUGAAAAACAAGAAGAAAAGGAGAGAAGAAGAGAAAUCCGAGGAUCUUUCUUUGUGUGAGAAGAAUGAUGCGAGUAAGGUUGAAGAGAAGAAGAGUUUGGCUAAGGUAGCAGUGAAAGCUGCAAUCAAGGUUGAAAAGAAGAAGAGUGUGGAUGUUUUUGAUGGUCACAAGGAAGAGAAGCAGAAGAAGGUUGUUGUCAAUCCACAAAAGGUUGUUAUUCCCAAACUUGAUAAAAAAAAAAAAAAAAAAAAAAAAAAAAAAAAAAAAA